AUGAGCACGCUGAGCCAGGACAAAUGGAUUGGGCUGAUGCUCGCCAUCAGCUCGAGUGCCGCUAUCGGCACGAGCUUUAUCAUCACAAAAAAAGGGCUGAUGGACGCGGCUGAUCACAGCGCAGGCCUCGCGUCCGACCAGCUGAGCUACCUACAGAACCCGAUCUGGUGGGCGGGCAUGGCGACGAUGGUCGUCGGCGAAGUCGCCAACUUUAUUGCGUAUACAUUUGCGCCGCCAAUCCUCGUGACGCCGCUGGGGGCGCUGAGUGUGCUGAUCGGCGCGGUGCUCGCCUCGUUCAUACUCAAGGAGCGCCUGGGGCAGCUGGGGCAGAUUGGCUGUGCACUGUGCCUGAUCGGCACCGUGGUCAUCGUGGUGAAUGCGCCGGAAGACCGCGACAUACAGACCGUGGACGAGAUCCUGGCGUAUGCAAUGCACUGGCCGUUCCUCUUCUACUGCCUGUUUGUCGGCGUCUUUUCCACCGUGAUGAUCUGGAAGGUGGUGCCAGUGUACGGCAAGCGCACGCCGCUCGUCUACCUCUCCAUCUGCUCGCUCGUCGGCUCGAUCUCGGUGAUGAGCGUCAAGGCAUUCGGCGUCGCGCUUAAGCUCACGUUCAACGGAAACAACCAGCUGACGCACAUCUCGACCUACUGCUUCGGCCUGACAGUCGUGCUAUGCAUCAUGAUCCAGAUGAACUACUUCAACCGCGCACUCGACCAGUUCGAGACGAACGUUGUGAAUCCGAUCUACUACGUCAUGUUCACCACAUCGACCAUCUUUGCCUCGGUCCUCCUCUUUCAGGGGUUCAACACGGGCGGCGCAGCUGCAGUAUCGCUCCUUGGCGGAUUCCUCACGACCUUCCUUGGCGUCUACCUCUUGAACCUCACCAAAAGCCACAAUACAGACGGCCCACGGCCCUCGCGACUGAGCACCCACGAGCGCGGCCGCUCGUUUAGCGGGGUACGGCGCCCGAGCCAAGAGCGACUCAACGACUCGUUCGAACUCGCACCAAACGUCGAGUCGCACCACUCCCAGCCUUUUGUCCUCGACCAGGACGAGGGGGAGGCCCUGCCGCGCUUCCACGACAUACCCCGCGCCGUAUAG